GUCUAUUCCCAGCCGUUUCAACGUUCCCAAAUUCCCAACCCGAUUCCAUUCCGCCCCACUCCCACUCGUCGCCCUCCCGAUUCGGUUUGAAAAGAGACAAAAGGAAUGCUCGACCGGUCCCUCCGGUCGGCGGAGGCCGGCGCCGGCGCGGCCGGCCCAGGCGAGCGCCGCGGCGACGUGGAUCUCCUCGUCAAGGACCUGGAAGCCAUGGUGCCGCUCGUCGAAUCCCUCAUGGAUCGGAGGACGAACCCGUCGUACUCGCGCCGCGCCUCGCUGGUCUACACGCCGGCGCCGCCCAAGAAGGGCGGUGAUUUGAAAAGCGCAAAGACACCACAAACCGUGUCGGCAAAAAAGCGGAGGGAUCCUGGGGACACAGGAAAUAAAAACACACCUGAUUCAAAUGGAGAAAACGGCUCGGUUGCCCCGAUGACUCAAUCGGCGGCAGAGAAUAAAACCAAAGACAAGGAUGAGAUCGGUUUGCUGCGUGAGCAGGUCGAUGAGCUCCAAAAGCAACUUGUUGAAAAGGAGGACGCUUUGAGGUCGGCCGAGAGUACCGUGAGUGAGAUGAAUGCGGUGUAUUCGACAGUUGAUGGAUUGAAGCGCCAAGUUGCUGAGAAAGAAGCUUUGAUCAAGUAUGCGAAUUCUCAGUUACAAAAUGCAAAGGUUAUGCUUGCAGACAAGCAAGCAUCUUUAGAAAAAUUGGAAUGGGAGGUAAAGACCUCAAAUAAGAAGGUUGAAGAUCUUCAAGGGGAUGUCUCCAGUAUGGAGUUUGAGAUAAGUUCAUUUGUGACAUUGUUCGAGAAAAUCUCGGAGAAUGUUUCAGGUGAUUCUCACGAUGGUAGCAUACCAUCUUAUGAUCUCGAGGCACUUCAAUCAGCGAGUGAAAUCGACAAGAUUGAAGUGGACAGGAUAGAGCAGGAAAGAACUACAUAUGCUGAAGCUCUUGCUGCUGCAAGAGCAAACCCUAACGAAGAACACUUGAGUUCAGUUGCGGAGGCACGGUCAAGGCUGCAGGUCCUCGUUGUACAAUAAUGCACAAGGUGCCAGUUGUAGUUUAUGUACGAUGAUGCACCGCGGUGCCAAUUGUAGUGUAUGUACGAUAAUUUUAAGUCACUGAUGUAAUUAUAUGUGUGGGCUUGAGCUGAUUCAUGUGUGUGUGUGACUGUAAUCGACCAAACAACUGAAACUAGGCAGUUGCUUAGUUUGAGAAUCACAUUUAUAUCCGGUUCUGUGCUCCCCAUUGUUGUUUAGAAGGAAAUCAGUAGCUGUUGUUUUAA